CUGCUUCUUCUUCGUCUCGUCUCUAGCUUUCACAGUAACCAUCGUCCCGAAGAUCUGGAGCAAACCGAGGCCGACGAGGAGGAGCGCGCAGCCGGUGAGCGCGAACUGCGUGAAGGGGCUCGCCUCGCGCUGCGACCUGCGCGUUGUAAUAUCAAGCCUGAGUACGCCGUCGAUGCGACGGCGCGUGCGACUGCUCGACGGCGUCGAGGGCGUGUCCUCGACGCCGCCGCGGCGCGGACCGCCGGUUGAUUGCCGCACGGAUGCGACUGGUCGCCCUCCUUGCCGAAAAAUGUGGAUUUAUCUUCUUUGAUGGGCCCGCGCGGAGGGCCACGCCUUGGAACGCCCUCCUGCGCUGCUGCCACAGAGCAGAGCGCCCACAGCAGUGCAGUGCGUAG